AUGUCCGAGUACUUGAGCUUGGAGGAGGAUCUAGCCGACGAGGACACCUUCCAGAGCAUGUUGCAGCAGUUUUCUCGGGUUGGACGGAAGGACCUGAAGGACUGUGUCCAUAAAGUUCUUGACCGAAGUGUCCCAGAGAUGUCCCAGAAGUGUCCCAGAGAUGUCCCAGAGGUGUCACAGAGAUGUCCCAGAGAUGUCCCAGAGAUGUCCCAGAAGUGUCCCAGAGAUGUCCUAGAGGUGUCCCAGAGGUGUCCCAGAGGUAUCCCAGAGGUGUCCCAGGGGUGA